AUGGGCUUCAAUGAUCGAACUUCAUGCUACUGCACAAGGCAAAUUGGUUACCUGACUGGCGAUACUGAUGCCCCUGAUUCCAAAGACCCGAAAUUUGGGAAGUGGAAAUUUGAUGAUGCUGUUGUGAAAAGUUGGAUGUCGCGAACUAUGGAACCCAGUUUGUUGAAUAUGUUUCAUACUCUACCUACUGCUAAGGAAAUUUGGGAUGCUGUUAAUCAGAUGUUUUAUGAUGGCUCUGACAUAUCCCAGCUCUAUGAACUGCAGUGCCAAGCUACCCAUCUCAAGCAAGAGGGUCGUCCUGUCUCUACCUAUUUUGCCGAACUUAAGGCAAUCUGGCUUGAAUUGGACAAGAGACGUCCUUUUCAGAUGAAGUGUGCUGAUGAUAUGAAGACUUUUCAGGCUGCUGUUAUGGCAGAUCGUGUGUAUGAUUUUUUUGUUAGCCUUGACGAUACCUAUGACAAGGUCCGCAGUGAUAUUCUACGAAGUGAUAAAGUUUCAAGUAUUGAAAAUGUAUUUUUUAUGGUUCGUCGAGAGGCUCAACGCCAGAUUACUAUGCUUGGAUCCGGCACCAAGAUUGGGGAACCUGCUGUUGUGUUUGCUUCCAAAAACCCUGCUUUGGUUUCUCAGCGUACAAGGUCUGGCUCUUCUGCUGUUCCGCCUCGUCGCCUGACUUCUGCAGAAAAAGACAAACUGAAGUGUGAUCACUAUGGUGAAAAGAGACAUAUUGUCGACACCUGCUGGGCAUUGCAUGGGGUACCAGAUUGGGAGAAGGAGCGGAGGCGUUUAAAAAAGGAACAACUGGACAGCAAAGCUCAUGUAGCUGUUGCCCCCACUUAUAUGGCUGACAUCACCACUGGGCACGAUCACCUUACUGCUACUCCUCCGACUUUGACUGCCGUCUCAGGCACUCUAACACCUCCGCCUCCAAGUAACUUUGGCAAGGCUUUCCAUGCCUAUGAUACCCGAGAUAUAGGUUGGAUUAUUGAUUCAGGAGCUACUGACCAUAUGACGUAUAAUUAUGCUUUAUUCUCUACUACUCUUCUGCCUCAUCAUGAUCAUGUUCUGACUGCUAAUAAUGUUGCUGCUCCUGUCACAGGGGCUGGUUCUAUACUCUUGACACCUGCUUUACCAUUGGACAAAGUGUUACUGAAAAAUGGUCACUUGGAUCUGGAAGGUUACACUGACGCAGAUUAUGUUGGGAAUAUUACAGAUAGACGUUCUACAUCAAGUUACUUCACCUUUGUUGGUGGUAACCUAGUUACGUGGCGUAGCAAGAAGCAAAACGUUGUGUCUCGGUCCUCCGCAAAGUCUGAGUAUAGAGGGAUUGCCCAAGGGGUUUGUGAAAUACUGUGGUUGAGAUGGUUACUUGCUGAAAUUGGGUUUAGACCGAAUGCUGCUACAAAGCUCCACUGUGAUAAUCAAUCUGCAUUUGAAAUUGCUAACAAUCCGGUGCAACAUGAUCGAACUAAGCAUGUAGAAGUUGAUCGGCAUUUCAUUAAGGAGAAGCUGGAGCAUAAGUUAAUUUUUAUACCUUUUGUGCCUUUUUCAGAGCAGCUUGCAGAUAUGUUGACCCAUGCUGUGUCAAAGCGCCGAUUUGAAGACUCACUUGACAAGUUGGGCAUUACCGAUAUCUAUGCACCAACUUGA